AUGUAUGCCUCUACAAAAAAGAACACUGCUAUAUGCUUGUGUAAACUGCAAAUAUGUUUUAAAGAAGAUUCCAAAUUUAGUUAUUCUUAUGGAAGAUGUAAAAAACAGCUGGCUGAUAAAUCAACCACUACUCCAGUACCCAUACCAAUCCAACAAUCUCAAUAUAGUGAUGUUUUAAAGAAAAGGUGUGAGGAAGUAAUAGUUAUCAAACCAAAGGACAAAACACAAGACAGUUCAAAAACGAAAAAAGCAGUUGAAGAGAAGAUAAAUCCAGCAGAGAUAGGUGUAGGAGUAUCUAGAGUGAAAUAUGUAAAAGAAGGAGGUAUUGCUAUAAGUUGUACAAAAAAGAAGACAUUACCAACAUAUCUGAGAAUAUAA